UGAAUUUUGGUUCUCCUCAUACAGUCAUACUCAUCUCACUCUUGAUCUCGUUCUUCCUCCUCCCUCCUCCCUCCUCCCUCCACUUUUAUAUUCUCCAAACUUGGUCGACGAAGGAGUUCUGAUUGCCUCUUCCUCCUGCUCUUAAAACCCUAACUGCUCCCCUCCAACAAAACCACCGUCUUGUAGUUGUAUCACCACCUCUGGCCGGCGGCGCCUUUGCUAACCACUUCUCCUUCUCUGCCGCUGCUAUUGUUGGUGUUCACGACAGUCCCUGCUUACAGUAAGGAAACGGCAGCAGCAGCAUGAUACCAGCAGAUCCUUCCGGAAGACUCUCUCUCCUACGCCGAAUCCAAGAGGGAGACCUAGUUAUUGUCUAUGAACGUCAUGACCACAUGAAAGCUGUCAAGGUAAUUAAUGGCUCAGUCCUGCAAAAUCGGUUUGGAGUGUUUAAACAUUCUGAUUGGAUUGGUAAGAAAUUUGGGUCCAAAGUCUUCAGCCACAAAAAGGGUUUCGUUUACUUGCUGGCACCAACUCCAGAGUUGUGGACAUUGGUUCUAAGCCACAGGACCCAGAUUUUGUACAUAGCUGAUAUAAGCUUUUUAGUUAUGUACUUGGAGAUAGUUCCGGGCUGUGUGGUGCUGGAGUCUGGUACAGGUAGUGGCUCUCUCACGACUUCACUUGCUAGGGCCGUGGCGCCGAUGGGUCAUGUCCAUACAUUUGAUUUCCAUGAGCAAAGGGCUGCUUCAGCUAGGGAGGACUUUGAGAAGACGGGGGUGAACAAGUUAGUUACGGUGGGAGUUCGAGAUAUUCAGGGUGAGGGAUUUCCUGACGAACUAAUAGGACAGGCUGAUGCUGUUUUCUUAGACUUGCCACAACCAUGGCUUGCGAUCCCGUCAGCCGGAAAGAUGUUGAAAGCAGAUGGUAUUUUGUGUUCAUUCUCGCCUUGCAUCGAGCAAGUACAACGAUCAUGUGAAACUCUCGAGUUGAAGUUUACUGAUAUAAGGACAUUUGAGAUACUCCUACGAACAUAUGAAAUUAAAGAAGUAAGAGCUGAAGUUGGCGAAGGAGAUGAUGGUUUCUCAUUGAGAUCACCACCUCGCAAGAAAAGACAACAUUCAACUGAAAAAGGCAGUGCAGUAGAGGCUUCUGGGGCUACAACAGUCAUGGCAAAACCAUGCAGUGAGACAAGAGGGCACACUGGUUAUUUGACAUUUGCAAGACUCAAAUGCCUUUGAUAAGAUGUCUGUAUUUUGUAUGGUGGCCUUUGUAGGAUAACUUGAUUUGUAUCCCUGAGGAGUUUCCACUUGCAGAAUCCAACUAAUGUGCUGAUGUCUGGAUUGAGUUGGGUUUUAUGGUAGGACAAAUGCAAGUUUUUGGUGCUCAUCAUUUGCAAUAUCACUCACCACAUUUUUGUUAUGCAAGUAAUGCAAUCUCAUGAAUUUCAAAAUA